AUGGCGACUAGCUUACCAGAAUUUGCUUCUUUUGACGCCGAGAAUCGGGAAAAUAUCGAAAUUAGAUGGCAACGAUGGUUCAUGCGAUUCGAAUAUCUACUGAUUGCACUCGAUAUAAAAGACAAGAAAAGAAAACGAGCGUUAUUAUUAUACUAUAUCGGUGAAAGUACUCUAAAUAUCUUUGAAACAAUGCCAGAGACAGGCACAGAAGACGACUAUGACAAAGCGUAUCAAGCUUUAAAUGAACACUUUAAACCUCGCAAGAAUACAUCGUUUGAAAUAUUCAAGUUUAGGAAAACAAACCAACUUGUUGACGAAACUCUCGAUCAAUACCAUAUGGGUACGACUCGUCCAGAAAGCUAAGUACUGUGAAUUCUCAAACUUAGAUACUGAGAUAAAAGCUCAAAUUGAGCUAGGGACCAAUUCCAAACAACUUUGACGAUAUGCUUUCCGUAAACCAAAACUGACUUUGGCUGAACUCUUAGACUAUGGACGGACGCUUGAAACUGGUGAAGAGGAUGCGAGCGGAAUUGAGCAAAAUAUGAAUGAAACACCAAUGAAAGAUAUCCACGCCGUACGACGAAAUCCGGCUGCUACAACGCCUAAGAAAAUAUGUUUCUUUUGUGGAUUAAACUGGCCACAUGUGAAUGUUUGUCCGGCAAAAGGGAAAACAUGCAACCAUUGUCGAUAA